UGUAUACUUUCUCUGAGAGGCUUAUACUUGGCCUUUUCUUAUAAACGCCAGCCAUGACAUUCAUUACGCUCAUAAUAAUUCUAUUAUCGUCAUCAUUUCUGAGAGGGAUUGUGCCGUCUAAUCUGAUUUUAAAAUUUUCGGCAGUGUCUUCCUCGGCUAAUGUUCUGAUAAAUUGGACCAAGUCCUCCCCAAACAGGCUAGCAUUGCUCUCCAAUGCUGGCGCAAUUUUUUUAAUGCCGUUUUUUUCCGGGCUAUAUCUAUGUAAACUUCGUUCAUUCUCAAGGUCGAAUAUAAAGUCUGACAAAUCCUGUUCGGAUUGUGCUGUUUUUCGUCUUUUACUAGGAUUUUCAUCAUCUCUCUGCUGUUCACCGGUUUGAUCGAGUCUGACAGAUGAGAUCAAUAUCGAAAUAUACCCCGGCAAAGCUUGUGGUAUGUCCCCAAGGUCCUUGAUAGUAUUAAGGCAAGACAGAUAAAUGUUCGCCAACUUAGACGAGUUUUCGUUUGGGAAAUUCGCCUUGAAGUGAUCAAGUUCCCAUUCACUCGCGGGAUGAUCACAAAAGUAUUUGAAGUACCUGUUGUUCGUUUCGAAAGUCACAC